GACGAUCUUAAUUUGAUACUAGUAUGGGAUGUUCUCUGUGGCAGCGCAAGAUGAUAAGGAUUUCGAGUGUGAACCGGUAUCUUACGCUAUGAUACUAUCGGAAAAACAUGCGGCAAUGUUGUGGUGGGCUUCCAACUGGUUGAUGUUUCGCAGCUGAUUACUGACAGUAAUCUCGGCGUUUGGAAGCUUGUUUUAUAUUUCAAGGAACCAAAAUAAUUCAGGUGAACAGUCUAAAUAUUUACAAGGAGAAGCCAAUAGAAAAGCAGCAAACAUUUUAGUCAAGAAGACCCUGACUGAAACUAGUGGAAGCUUUAAAAACAUAAGGAUAUCAUUUCUGCGACAGAUCAGAAAAGACAGGAAAUGCCAAAGACUCCUGCGUGACUGUGCGUGUAUACUAUGGCUCACAAUCAAAGGUCAGAACUGACAUCUGAGAAAUUAAGACAUCAGUAUGAGGGCCAGUUGAAUAAGUAUACAAAUGUUGUUAAAGGAUGGCAGUAUCGAUGGUUUGUUUUGAACCCAGAAAGUGGCACACUGAAUUAUUAUUUGAAUGAAACUGAAAAAAGACAGAGACCAAGGGGCUCAGUUCACCUCGCUGCAGCUGUUAUAUCACCAAGUGAUGAAGACAGUAACACUUUCACUGUCAAUUCAGCUAGUGGUGAAAUGUUCAAGCUGAGGGCAGCAGAUGCAAGAUCACGGCAAGAAUGGGUUAAUAGGAUACGUGCUGUAGCUGAAAUGCAUACAAUGGCUAUAGCUCAGAGUAAUCCACCAUUACCACCACGGGAGCACAUUUCCCUUGUACAUGCUCCAGCACCUGUUUCACAAGUGCAGUACUCUCUAGAGCUGCUUGAUGCAUUUGCUACGGUGCGUGAUCACAUACAUCGUGCAGAACAGUCUUGUCAGCUUAUGAGCCAGGAAAUUGAGGAGCUACCAGCUUCAGGGGCCCUGAGACACAAUGAUGAAAUGUUAUUACUCCUGAAAGCAACAAGUGUAGCAACAGUGAACUGCUUACGACAGUGCCUUUCAAUUCUGGAGCAGCAGCAGGCUGCUGCUUCCAUUGCAGCCAAUAACUCGAAGAGGCAUCCACCUCCAAAUCGACCAAACAAUUCUCAUUUUGUGUCGUAUGCAGAAAUCAGCACAAACAAAAUAACAGUGCCAGGUGCAAAUAGUGGUGCCUUAACAUCAGUCUCUACAACUUCAUUGGAAAGCAAUACCAGCAGGUCUGGUACAAGUGCUUCAUCUCUGCCAGACUGUGUACCAUAUAGACAGACAGGCUUCAUAUCAUACCUGGAAGCACCAGAUGAGAAGGAAGGUGUACCUGAAACACAACCAUGGCCCACAAAUUUAUCAUCACCACCACCAUCACCACCACCAUCACCAACAUCUGUCGAUGCUUCAUUAGAUGAUUAUAAUCCAGAUGAUGAAGUUACUGAUAAUGAAGAUCUAAGUGAUGGUGAUCAAGAUGACACUGAAGAACACAAAUCUGUUAUUUUGCAUUUGUUGUCGCAGCUGAAACUUGGAAUGGACCUAACACGAGUAGUUCUCCCCACUUUCAUCUUAGAACGGCGUUCCCUUCUUGAAAUGUUUGCUGACUGCAUGGGGCACACAGCUGAAUUUGUAAGGAUUCCUGAUGCAGAUACUCCAGAAGCAAGAAUGCUUGCUGUUUUGGAGUGGUACUUAACUUCAUUUCAUAUGGGCCGUAGAAGCCCUGUCGCAAAGAAGCCGUAUAAUCCAAUUAUUGGUGAAAUAUUCAGAUGCUCAUGGCGGCUUGUGCUCCCAGUAGAUGAAAAACAAACAACAGACAACUCGUGCAAUGAAAUAACAGUUACAUAUAUAGCAGAGCAAGUGUCACAUCAUCCUCCUGUCACUGCAUUCUAUGUUGAAUGCCCAUCUAAAAACAUAUGCCUAAAUGCAUCUAUAUGGACCAAAUCCAACUUCUCAGGCAUGUCAAUAGGAGCAAAUAUGAUUGGAGAGAUAAAUCUUUACCUAGGCGUGCAUAAGGAAAAAUAUACAUUUUCACUGCCAGCUGUAUAUGCACGGUCUAUACUCUCUGUACCUUGGGUUGAACUGGGUGGCAAAGUAACUCUAACUUCCAGCUCUGGCUUCUCAGCCAACAUCAUUUUCCAUACAAAGCCUUUUUAUGGUGGAAAAGUAAAUGUUGUAACAUCAGAUGUAAAGAAUGAAACUGGAACUAUCAUAUGCAAGAUACAGGGAGAAUGGAACAGCCAUUUUGAAUUUACUUAUCCUAAUGCAGCAACCAAAAUAAUUGAAGUGAACAGCUUAGACAUAUAUAAGAAGAGGGUACGACCAAUAGAAAAGCAGGCAACAUUUGAGUCAAGAAGAAUGUGGCUGAAAGUAACAGAAGCUUUAAAAAAUAAGGAUAUCAUUGCUGCAACGGCUCACAAGAGACAGUUAGAGGAACGGCAGCGAGAAGGAGAACGGAGGCGGAGUGAACAGGGAGAGUCUUUUCCUACUUCUUUCUUCCACCAGAUCAACCAGUCUUGGGUGUAUAACAAUACCCUGUGUAAACUGUGAAAGUACUGCCAAAAAUUCCAUGGUGCAAACAGCUGUGUGUGGAACUUAAGACUGAAUGCUAUAACUACACAACUUGAAACAACGAACCUAAUGUAACAUAUCACUUGGAACAUACGUCAUUGUUGGUUUCAAGCGAAAUCAAUGGAGAAGAACUGCAGUAUAACUAUAAGAAAGAGUUUUCCCUGUGUUGGCUAUAAAAUUUAUAACAUCUUAACUCUGUUAAUAGUUUUGGAAUUGCUAACAAAUCAAUAAUUUAAUUAUUCAUUACUACAGCGACAUAAGUAUUGCAUUCUACACUGUACUUAUUUUAACUGGUACUAAUACAGAUGCUGUGUGUGUGUGUGUGUGUGUGUGUGUGUGUGUGUGUGUGUGUUUCAUCAGUGAUAAAAAAAAAAAGAUUUUGAAAGUGUAGACUGUUGCUAAAGCCAUCCUGUUUCUCCAAGACAUUUUAUCCACAGUGGAACGUAUAUGUAUAUAGAUCUGGAUUUUUCUCAUUAGAUAUCUAUUUUUUCUGCAUGGACACUGCAUUUGAAGGAUUGUUGUGCACUAAAGUUCAGUGAGUUUUAGGUUCUAUUUUGCACUGAAAACUGUACAAUCUUCUCAGGAGUUAAAUUAUAAGUGUACUUCAUGUCAUGAAAUAGAGCUGCUUGAAUUUCUUUAAGUUAAAACAUAUUUGUUCUUGCAACAUUGACUGCCAGUUUUAUCUUAUAUUGCCCUUUGUAACUACAAUCAGUGAUGUCUGGCCAGAUCUCCAGUAAACUUCAUGAUGCAAACAAACAUGUUAUUUUUACAGUGACUGAGUUAUGUUUUUAAGUUAUCGGUUCAUACAUUUUGAAAAAUGUAUUUGUAUUUGUCUUGCCAAUAACUUUGUCUGUCUGCAUAUAUUUGGCACCAUGCCAUCGUGGUUAUGGCUGUGGCUGUGAUUAUUGAAGAUAAUGUACUUCAGAUAUCGUGAUGAUUAGGGAUUAAGUGCGUAACAUAGUAUAUUUAAGAUUGUAAUGAGUACAUUAUUUGUACUGUAUCAUGUACAUGUCAGCCUUUUUUUUAUAGAUUUUAGUACAGGUUUGAAUAGCCAACCCCCACAUGCAGCAGCAGCACCACCACCCCCACCACCACACAUCUUCCCUUGCCAAAUAAUGAUGUUACAGUAGAAUUCCCAUGCUGACAGUUUGUAAAAUCAUUUAUUUGGAAAAAAAAAAAUGUGCGAGCAAUAAGAAUAGUGUGGUUUUGAGUCACAGUUUUCAAUCACAAUUUAUAUUUUCAUUCAGUUUCAUGCUGCUUGUUUUCUCCUGUCCAAUAUUACGUUCAUUGAGGAGAUUCAUUUCUGCUGCAGUUUCCAUGUGCAGCUGUACUGAUUGGUAUGAAAACAGAAAAUUUUAUCCCUACAACAGGGGAAAAUAUGAACACAUAUUUCACAGAGUUUGCCCUAAAUAUUUUGCUGUUCGCACAUUUUGGUACAAAUGUCCUUUUCUGCUUGAUCUGUGAUAUAUUUCCACUGUAAUACUGGUCAAAUCAAUUAAUUGUACAGUUUACAAAUUUUGCUUUUGUUUUAUGUUUUUAUAAAUUCUGAUUGAUUAUUGAAAGAUUUUAUCUUGUAAUUGAAAGGUACUUACUGCUCUUUAAUUUUCAUCAUGUGUGGUUAAAGGUAUUAUUAUGAUAUUUUUUAUUACUGCUGUAAUUAUUAUGUAGUUUUACAUACUAAUUUAGUGUAUUUUAAAACAGUAAUAACUUUUUGAAGUUAUGCCCCUGUCCUUCUUCCGAAAUCAUCCAAAACAUUUGGUUAAUUACUGAAAAGUAGUACCAGCUGGACAAUGCAGGCUGCUUUUUGAUAUCUUAGUAUGUUGAAAGCAGAAUCUUGGCUGCUUUUUGAUAUCUCAAUAUGGUGAAAGCAGAAGUCUUGUCAUGCUGCACACGUGUGUGUGUGUGUGUGUGUGUGUGUGUGUGUGUGUGUGUGUGAGUGAGGGCAUGGAGUAGCAGGGGGUGUACAUACACACAUACAUACACACACCUGCAUAAGGUAGAAAUGUGUUACAAGUGUUUUGUGAUGUUGUGACAAUGGCAUUAUAUUUCUUUUCAUUGAGAGCUAGAUGAUGUCAUGUGCAGUAGUGAAUGUGAUGAACAUAAUUAUGGUGCUUGGACUGGUCCUGUUACAGAAUUUCUAUUGAUUUUGAUGUGACAUAGUAAGUUGUUUAUGUUAUCAGUACUUAUUAUAAAUUCUGGGUGUCCUAACUGUUUCAGCAAUGAGAUGUAGCUGUUAAACCUCCAGUGAGAUAUGAUACUUUGGUAAAAAUUUAAGAAGCUGUAAUAAUGUUGACAUUAGUUUUUUCUUUCCUUUUGUUGAAGAUGAAGAUGCCUGUAUUAAAUUGAUACUUGUAUAUUGUUAUAAUCACCUUCCAUAAUGAAGUGAACGGUUCAAAAUGACCUGCAUAAUUUGCAAGAUGAGAGGAAAAUGUGUUUAAAUAGAUGCAUUAUUUUCACAAUUCAUAGUGAAGCACAAACAAAAAUAAAGAAGUAAUAAAUAUUAUAA